AUGAGGAAAUUAAAUUCAAGAACACGAAAACAUAUCAGGUGGGAUGUCCUCUGCCCUAAAUUCUGGGAGGCAAUUAACACAGGAGCGACUGAUGGAAGCAAUUAUCAAGAACUAAAUUUCCUGCUUCAGGAGCUGGCUCCGCAAGAUCAUGAGGACGAUUUCAGAGACAUGCUUCGAUAUCUACGAAGCUAUGUGGAAGGAGAAGCAUCCAGAAGGAGAGAACCAGGGGAGGAUCUAAUACGUCAACUGGUCCACUGCAUAAUGAACGUGUGGUUUUGUGCGGGGGUUGCUAACCCUUGUAUUAAUUGGGAGAAAGUGACAGAUGCCAUAGGAAUAAAAACACCGUGGACAACACUACAGGAUACAGUGAAAACUAAAGCCUGUGCCGCUAUUCAGCAGGCUCCUCCAGAGUUCACGGCAUCAGGAAUAUUCUCACAAGCCUGUCCAUCAGGAGUGGAAAAGACUAGUAAUAUCCAUUAUGAUUGCAGAGGUUACUUUAUGCGUACGCGAUUAAAGGACAGGGCGCCUAAUUAUAAGAGGGAGCGUUGGGUGGACAUCAGAAACAUUAAUAUACCUCAGAAAAACAUUAGUGUCUGGUUACGGGCUCUACCUAUCUUCCCUCUGUUAAUCUUAGCCGUCAUUCUUUGGCAUAUAUGGGAUCGGGAGUGCCCUGACUCGUGUUUCUCCAGGAGGCGACGGUAA